AUGCACACGUCCCUGUUGCAGGCGUUUUUCGAUCUCCCCGGUCACAUUGUGGCGGCAUUACAAGACCCGGGGUUUGAUUUUCGAGCACCUCGUAUUCACACCCCCAUCGCCUCCACUACCUACGCAUCAACACCCCUGGAGCGCCCUCUCACUGAAGGCCAGCAAAAACGAGUUGUCAAAAGAAAUAAGGCGGCCAACAACGCCCGGGCAAAAAAACGUCAGAAAGAAUCCAAGGCGGCUGACGCGUAUGUUCGCGCUCGGGCCCACAGCAAACUCAUUGACAAAUUGGCUCCGGCGCACUGCGACCUUCAAACGGAAAACAUCCCUGUUUCCAGCACGGGUUACAUAGCCUUGAACCAAGGGCCUACGUCGGAUAGGGUGUAUACGUUGGAAGAUCUGGUGGGAGAGCAGUCCGAAUACAUCAGUAAAUCCGGAUUUUUGGAGCAUCAAAAUGGGCUGUAG